GUGUUUUUAACAUGGUUUUAUCACGUCGCGCUGAAAAGAGCCCGUCUUCAGAGCAUUUCCAGACCGUAAAAAUGCUGUGCUAAACUCCUUACAUUCGUCCAGCGUUUAUGAGCGUAUUGCUGUGGAGCAAAGUUGUCGACCGCUUGUUGCCUGCUUCAGAGGAUUAACAUUAGCUGAAGGUAGCUAAGCUAGCUAAUAAUAACAACACUGCCAAUGAUAAGUGGCACCAUCUCUGGACGCAUUUUUGUACUCUGUUACAGAAAUGCAAGUUAACGAGUGUUUCGUGUCUGCUCCUGGGAAGGCGAUCCUCCACGGAGAGCAUGCAGUUGUGCACGGAAAGGUGGCUCUUGCUGUCAGUUUGAACCUGAGAACAUAUUUACAGUUGAAGGGCACCACUACUGGCAAAGUUUGCAUCAACCUCCCAAAUACUGACACAUUCCUCUGCUGGGACCUGACUGAGCUGAAACAGCUUAUUCCUUAUUCCUAUGCCAAGAAAGAGGAGGUGAAACUUCUGGAUCCUGAACUUGUGAGAAGACUGCGUGAAUUUGUUGGUGUAACAAAUGGAAACCUGGAUACUUGCAACAUGGCUACCUUAGCCUUCCUCUACAUCUACCUCUCACUGUUCGGAUCAGGUGAGCUGCCCAGCUUGACGGUGUCUGUGUGGUCGGAGCUGCCGACUGGAGCUGGACUUGGGUCAAGUGCUGCGUACUCAGUGUGUUUAGCUGCAGCUCUGCUCUGUGCAAGCGGAGCCAUUCCCGCUCCUCUCAAAGAGUGGGAUCACACUGCCAGGUGGUGUCAGGAGGACCUGGAGCUGAUCAACAGCUGGGCUUUCCAAGGGGAAAUGAUCAUCCAUGGUAAUCCCUCAGGAGUUGACAACGCUGUAGGAACAUGGGGUGGCAUGCUGAGGUUCUUGGCUGGGAAGAUAAUACCACUGAGCAGGGUGCCGUUAUUAAGAAUCCUCCUCACUAACACCAAAGUACCACGUAGCACCAAGGUACUUGUUGCCAGGGUGAAGGACAGAAUUAACAAGUUUCCCCCUAUUAUGACCCCUGUGCUCGACUCAGUUGAUGCCAUUUCCUGCACUUGUGAGAAAGUCCUUUCAGGGAUGACGUGUGAGCCCAUCACAGGAGAGCACUACAAUAUUCUAGAGGAGCUCAUUGACAUAAACCAGCACCAUCUGAAUGUGAUGGGAGUGGGACACCCUGCUCUGGACAAACUGUGCCAGGUCACGUUGACCAGAGGACUCCACAGUAAGCUAACAGGUGCAGGGGGAGGAGGUUGUGGCAUUACACUUCUGAGACCAGAAACGGACUCCUUCAUUGUCCAGAGUACAAUUCAGGACUUGAGAGACUGCGGCUUUGACUGCUGGGAAACAAGUAUUGGCGGACCAGGUGUCCAGCAGCACUCACCUUUGUCUGUUAAGGAGGAAGUUCUGGAGAUUUUAAACCAAUACUGACACCCACUUGUGGCUGUGGCUGAACAAGAAGACAGACAGACAGUCUGUUUUUUGUUUUUUUUAUCAUUACCUCAAGACCUGAGGUGCACUGAACUAAUGAAGUGGGCCGCGUGGACUGAGGGACAUUUCACACUGAACAGAACUGGACAGAUUUGCCUGGAGUGUUAAUUAUAGAUUUUCAAGACUACAAAACAGUGUCAUCUAAAGUCUUGAAACUAACAAGUCAGCUGUGUGUUGUGUUUUUUUGGUGCUGCAUCGCUUGAAGCGUUUGCUUGUCAAAUGCACUCUGGAGUACAAGCUUGUGUACUGAGCUCUUUGUCCACUAGGUGGCAUCAGAGUUGCAUGAAUGCUUUUUAUGAAACAGGAUUUAGGGCAAGAGGCUCUGAUAAAAUUGAUUAAUAUGUAAGUGAAGCACUGGCAGGAUUAAUUUAUAUUUUCAUCCAAAUGCUUAAUGCAGUAGGGCCAGCCUAUCUUAAUGGAUUAGAUGAGCGUCAGCCAUUAAUUACUUACUCCCAACAUUGUGACAUGCAGUAUUUUGGGAUAACAGCAGAAUGAAAGUGAUCAUUUUGUAGGAUAUAUUUCACAAAAAAUAAUAAUGGAGAAAAAAAUUGAUGAAAUUUGUUUUUCUUGGGAGAAAUCAUCAACAAAUACCAGUGACUACUAUUCAGUACUUUAGUCCUCAUAGUUCUACAAAGAGGUUUAUGCAAGUAAAUGUGCUUUAAUAUUCCACUUCUCAUGAGCUGUGUUGGUGACAAUAUGUCUCUGAAUAAGCCAAGACCAGGAAAUGAAAAUGUCACAGAUAUAUUCCGAGAAUUACUUACAUGUAAUGUCAGACUUCACUCUAAUGAAUUAUCAUUAUGAAGACUGCUUCAAACAUAACUUCAGCACACUACUGUAUAAUGCUGCAUUGCUCUUUAAUUUUGCUCUACAUUUAACAUAAAUGUAACAUUCAGUUCAGUCGCUUUCUAAUUAUUUAGUAAAAUAUUGUUCUAUUUUCA